UCGGGUGUUGUCUCAUUCCUCUGGUAAGGCAGGUGUUGGUAAAUCUUGGUAAGCAGGGCCAUAGACUCUGGUCCAGCUGGUUCAGCUGGUCCGGGGUAUAUGAUGCCGUUGCGAGAGGCCGCCUGGACGGAGGAGUGAAACAAAUUUGGGUAAAGGUUGGCCGAUGGCCAAAGAGGAGGAGUGUGGACAAGAGAUAUCUUACUUUGUAUUCUUAUGGUGACAUUUUAACUAUCAUUGAUCAGUCAUUCAUCAUUGUUGAAUCUGAUGACAGUAUAAUCUUUGUUUUAUAUCUAUGGUAAUCUGAGUAAAGAUCAAUGGAUGCAUAUUAUCAUCAUUGUAAUCAAGUCUCAAAUGGUAUCCACAGCAUUGUAUUCACCGUCCAAACUGGAGGGUCCAGCAGGACCUUUUCUCUAAAGUAUCAUCUGAUGUUUGUAUAAGGAGAACUUUGGACUAUGGGGAGACUGUUAUCCUUUCUAGUAAGGUCUAACUGUGUGAUGUCAUCAUGGGUUAUAUAAGGAUGGGGAGCUGUCCACUCUUUGGAGAAUCUGUUGCAAGUUUUCUUCCCACACUUCUGCGCAGAGUGUGUAAUUAAGGAUCACUAUUUUGACGCCUCCCUGGACUCAGCCUGCUUUCUUCUCUUACCCAAAACGAACGAAUCUUAACACACUGCAUCACAUCAGCUAUGCCUUCAAGCAUCUUGUCCAGUCUUGUGUGUGUUUUGUGUGUGGUUGUGGUCCCGGCUGCAUGGGCUGAUCACUGCCACAGUUACUGGGACACGAACGGUGUCUUCCAUGAUACUCAGGAAUGUGAAAAGUACUGCUGUGGGGACUGCAGGACAAAAUACUGCUGCAGUGACAUAAAGUACAACUUUACUGAGGAAAAACAGGAACUCUGUUUCAGAAGGUCUGCUCGAGUGAAAAGAAGCUAUCAUGUAGAGUAUGUGGGAAUAGGGGUUCCUAUUCCCAUUCUCGUAUGCAUGGGUCUCAUAAUCUGCUGUGUGACUCGUUGCUGCUGCUGCCGCUGCAGGACAUCCAAAAAGAAAAAUCCCAGACGAGAAAUAAUCAUGUUAACCACGGUCUAUCAGCCUGUACCAGCAGCCACACCCAUGCUCACAACUCCACCACCCUCCUACCAGGAAAGUGCCCCAUUCACACAAUUGCAGCCAAUGGACUCCUUUCAACGGGUCAGCGAGCCUUCUGCAGCAGCAUUACAUUCAGAUGAGCUGGAGGAGCUUGAACCUUGUCAUGGACCACAAUCUGUAAAAAAGGCUAAGAUCCAAAAGAACUCAUCUAUAUCCGUCUAAAAAGGGACUUCAUGUUACAAGAUACACGAUAACACAGAGUUCAGAAAUAUUUACGCGUGACUGUGCUAAUGCUAAGAGGGUAGAGUUCGUAAGAGAGUAUAAUACCUCACCAUGAGCAGAUAAUCAUUGUGAACAAAGUUAAGAGCUGCUUACAAAGUCAUGAUCUCUUUAUUUAUCCGGGGAAGCAAUGUUGAAGUGGUGACUGGUAGAUGUACAGUCUCAGCUCUUUUGAUGAUUUUUAUUUAGUUUUGUUUUAGUUUAAAUGGGUUUGUAUGAUUUAUUGUGAAAGAUAUAAUAAAAAUCAACUUCUGUAUAUUAUAUUGUGAUGUGUUGUGAUUGAGCUACAUGUUUUUCUCUGUCCAGAUGCUUAAAUAAAUAUUCCAUUUACAAUGCAAA